UAAAAGUUUUGGAUGGUCUGUGAUACAGAAAGCAACAGAACUUAAAAUUAAUCAAUUAAAUGUUAGUCCAACUGUUCCGUUACCAGUAAUAAAACCUUGGUUACUUCCAGAUGCUAUAGUUGAUUUUACAUUGUUAGAACAGAGAAACAAGGGUAAGGAAUGUAAUUUAUAUAAUGUGCAGACAUAUAUUAAUGAGUACUAUAAUUAUGUUCAGAUCUACACAGAUGCAUCAAAGAGUUCAGACAACAAGAUAGGAGUAGCAUUUACUGUCCCAGAGUUUCAUUUAUCAAUAAGGAAAAGGAUCAGUGAUGAGCUAUCUGUUUAUACAGGGGAAAUGGUUGCAUUAUUAUAGCAAUACAGUGGAUAGAAGAAAUAAGACCUGUGAAAUCAGUUGUUUGUUCAGACUCAUGUUCAUCAUUGGCUAGUUUACAAUACAGUCAUUCGGAGAGUAGACCAGAUAUUUUAAUGGAAAUAAUGCAAACAAUACACUGAAUUCAAAUGAUGGGGAUUACAGUAGUAUUUUUGUGGGUGCCUGCACAUAUGGGUGUCCAAGGAAAUGAAACUGCAGAUAAAGAAGCAAAAGAAGCGGUUAAAAACAAUGACAUUAAUUUAAUUGUUAAUUUAAGUAAGAAUGAAAUGAAGAGUAUUUUCAAGAAGAGACUAAAGGAAAGGUGGCAAAAACAGUGGGAUAAGGAGAAAAAAGGUCGGUGGUUCUAUAGAAUUCAAAGGAAAGUGGGAGAGAUGAGAAGUGCAGGGAAAAGCAGGAGAGAUGAAAUAGUAAUAUCAAGGAUGAGAUUUGGACACACAAGAUGAAAUAGUACACUUGAUAAAAUGGGUAAACGAUAUGGGAAGGUGUGAUUAUUGUGGGCAAGAGGAAACAGUAGAACAUGUUUUAAUGCAUUGUCAGAAGUAUGAGACUGAAAGAAGGAUGUUAAUUCAUAAUUUAGAAAAAAUAAAUAUGCAAUUUAUAAUAAAGUACAUUCUGUGUUAGUCGUCUUGAUCCACACUCCAUACCAGUUGGUGGCGGAAAUACACCAUUUUGUUGUUUGUCAACCGCCAAUAAAAAUUCAAGAAGAAGAAGAAGAAGAAGAAGAAGAAGAAGAAGAAAAUGAAGAUGAUGACCGCAUAGUAAUAGACAGAAGAGAAGUUGCGCUUGUGGUUGGUAACUUAGUGGACGAUACUCUGGUAAUGUGCUGCUGUUUUUAUAUAUUUUACUGAGGUCGAAAUCAUGUCGCAGCCUUCUGAAAUAAACAUGACAGAUAUGCGCAGCGCAGAUAGCCUUUGGUCCGCUGCUGACGUCUGGAUUAAGAAGCCACAUGUAGUAAAUAAAAGACUGUGUGGCGUAACAGAGACGGAGUACAGGGACGUGGACACUGCGGAAUUAAUUCAGAUUUUAUCUUCUCUUCUGGGGACCAAUAUUAAGAUUGCUGAUAUUUCUAUGUUUCUUCACUCUGAUAUUGUGGAUAAAGAACAUGAAACUGCAGGACGCUGGUGUGUUGGAGUCAGAACUAUUAUUCCCAAAGUAAACAAGACAGGAGAGUUUCUAUACAAAGAGGUUAUCAUAAAAGAUAUUGUUGGGCAUGCAGUGACAUUUAUCCCUUUUGAAGAGACUGAUGUGGGACAGGUUACUGUCAAGAGCAGUAACAUUUAUCAAAUCCAGCUGCAUUUAAAGCCAGAGGAAAGGUUGUUCUCUCUUCACGCUCUGACGCCUGAGCAGUGGUGCAGUGAUGGAGUAGUUUACCCUAAACUCUCCUGGCUCUGUACCAAACUUUUGCCUAAACUAUCACGCUGGGCUCUGGAGAGCAAGGCCAGUGAAUUUAAGAGAACCCUUUCCCUCAUACCUGUGGAGAAAUACAGUAUCCUCUACCAGCAGCUGAAAGAAAAAUACAAAGAGUUAGUAAAGGUCUGGCCUGAAGUUACUGAUCCAGAGAAGUUUGUGUUUGAAGAUGUUGCCAUUGCUACAUAUCUGUUGGUUUUAUGGGGUGAAGAGCGUGCUGAAAAGGGAACAACAGCCAAACAGUCCUUUGUGGAUCUUGGCUGUGGAAAUGGCCUCCUGGUUCACAUAUUAAACAAUGAAGGGGUAGGUUAACUACUAACCUUGCUGCAGUGUUGAAAUACAGUACUACACCAUGCACCAUGUUUCGUGCCUGUAAAUUACCCACACAGCUCCCCUGCAGAGCUUCUUUAAUUUGUUAAUUUUCAUCCAGUGUUAAAACCAAUGAUAUCAGGAAGUCUGUGUAAAUCAGGGGUGUCCAAACUUUUUUUUAAAAGGGGGCCAGAUUUGAUGAUGUGGGCACACCAGGGUGCUGGAUGUUUGUCUCUCUCUCUCUCUCUCUCUCUCUCUCUCUCUCUCUGUCGAAGUGGAUGCUGGGAGUGGG